GGUUAGUUCGGGUUUGGUGCUCAACAGCGCAACAAUCGGCAGUUCCGUUAUUUCUAAGCAACUCUAUCGCCGCAAUGGCUGUAACCGCUGUUCUACUCAGUAUUCUCGCAGUAAUUGUUGCUGCCGCUUUUUAUAUUACUCGUCGCAAUUUAACUUAUUGGCAGCGAAGGGGUAUUCCUUGUGAUACGCCACAUUGGAUUUUCGGGAAUGCUAAAGGUAUUCCGGCGAAAAAUAGCAUGGCAGAAGUGUUUACAAGAAUCUACAAAAAUCAUUUGGGAUCGGGGCCAUUUUGUGGAUUUUAUUUCUUCCAAACUCCAUCGGUUUUGGCUUUGACACCGGAGUUGACAAAAAACAUAUUAAUUAAGGACUUUAGUAAUUUCACUGAUCGCGGUUUGUAUAGCAAUGAAGAAGAUGAUCCCCUUACUGGGCAUUUGUUUUUGCUUGAUGGCCAAAAAUGGCGCGUUAUGCGCAAUAAACUCUCACCUACCUUCACUUCCGGCCAAAUGAGAUACAUGUUUCCCACUAUUCUGAAGGUGGCUGAACAAUUCGUGGAAACUAUGAAUAGUGAGCUCGAGCGGAAUAAUGUAAUCGAGAUCAAAGAUAUUAUGGCGCGUUUCACCACCGAUGUGAUCGGCUCUUGUGCCUUCGGCAUUGAAUGCAAUAGUUUGAAAAAUCCAGAUGCUAUCUUUCGCAAAAUGGGACGUCGCAUUUUCACCGAACGCCGUCAUUCGAACCUCGUAAAUGCACUGGUUCAAGUCAUGCCAAAUUUGGCACGUUUAUUUCAUAUACGUUUAGUACCAGAUGAAAUUACCAAUUUCUUUUUGAAGAUAGUACGCGAAGCGGUAGAUUACAGGGAGAAGAAUAAUGUGCAGCGGAAAGAUUUUUUGAACAUCCUGAUGGAACUGAAUAAGGGGAAGUUAAAAUUCGAUGAUAAAACCGAUGGAAAGGGUCUGACGGUGGAGCAAAUGACGGCGCAGACGUUUGUGUUCUUUGUAGCUGGCUUUGAGACAUCAUCUACUACUCUAUCUUUUAUGCUUUAUGAGUUGGCGCAAAACCAAGCAAUACAACAGCGCCUGCGAGAGGAAAUUGUGAAGACAAUAGAGAAACACGGCAACGAGCUAACUUACGAAUGCAUCAACUCGAUGCCUUACCUGAAACAGGUGAUUGCAGAAACACUACGAAAAUACCCAAUUGUGCCAAACCUGCAACGUAAGGCGCUAGAUGAUUAUGUUGUGCCUGACCAUGCCAAUUAUGUGAUCGAAAAGGGCACGACCGUAUUCAUACCAGUCUUCGCCAUGCAGCAUAAUCCAGAAAUAUAUCCCGAGCCCGAGAAGUUUGAUCCCGAUCGCUUUUCAUCAGAGGAAAUGCAAGUGCGGGACUCCAUCAAUUGGCUACCAUUCGGCGAUGGCCCGCGCAAUUGCAUUGGUAUGCGCUUUGGCCAAAUGCAGAUGCGUGUCGCUUUAGUCUAUUUGCUGCGCAAUUUUGAAUUUUAUACUUGCCAACUAACCGUCAUUCCCUUGCAAAUCGAUCGGAACCUGCCGUUAAUGAAUAGCAAAGAUGGCAUACAUCUGAAAGUGCAGCGGAUAUUGACUGUAGAUGAAAUUUUGAGCCUUUUGGAGAGCGAUGAUGGAAAUAUUAACAAUGAAAAUAUUAUUUACGUAGAGCCACCAAUCGAACUUGAAGGCCAAGCCACAGAUGAGGACAGUGAUAAAUCGGAUGAAGAGCACGAUGCUAAUUUGAACCAUUUAGGACCGUUUAAACUAGUUAGGAGCGUGUGUGCUCGCCAAUCGACCAAUCGUUUAGUCGCCACUAUGUCAAUGACGCAAUGCUUGCUAUUCAUUAUCUUGGGUCUUAUGGGGUAUUUCGCCUAUUUCAUUCGAAAACGUUUGAACUAUUGGCAGGACCGUGGCAUACCGUGUGACCAGCCUAGCUACUUGUUUGGCAAUUUGGUUGGCAUGCAAACGACGCGUAAGCUGGCAGAAAUUGCUUUGUCCCCCUGCAAUGAAUUCAAAGGAACUGGCCCAUUUUGUGGUUUCUAUUGGUUUCAUCGGCCGACGGUUUUUGUUUUAGACACCAGCUUGGCCAAAGCUAUACUCAUCAAAGAUUUUAAUAAGUUCACCGAUCGUGGUUUCUAUACGAAUCCCGAUGAUGAUAAACUUUCUGGACAUCUCUUUUUCUUGGACGGAUAUAAAUGGCGUGCUAUGCGCAAUAAGCUCACACCGACAUUCACGUCGGGCAAGAUGAAACAAAUGUUUCCAACUGUGACGGGAGCGGCCACUGAACUAGUGAAUGUGGAGCUGAUGGGUCGCUACGCCACCGAAGUGAUUGGCAAGUGCGCUUUGGGUAUUGAAUGCAACAGCCUUAAGAAUCCGAAUGCUGAGUGUCGCGUUAUUGGACGUCGCAUCUUCACCGAUCGCCGUCAUAGAGAGGGUUUUCCCAAAUUGGCGCGCAAGCUACGCAUGGCUGUAAUACAUGAGGAUUUAGCAAAUUUCUUUGUGCGACUGGUGCGGGAGAAUAUGAAAUAUCGAGAGAAGUAUAAUGUACUUGGCAACGACUUGAUGAAUCUGAUGAUGGAGCUGAAUAAGAGUAAGAAAUUAAGGAUGACAGCGCAAGCGUUUUUCUUCUUUGCUGCAGGUUUCGAGAAGUCAUCAUCGACGCUCUCUGGUGCAUUGUACGAGCUGGCUAGGCAACCGGAGAUUCAGGAACGUCUACGCUGUGAAAUUAUUGCGACAUUGUGUCAACACAACAACGAACUCACCUAUGAGUGUCUGCAUGAGCUGCAAUACAUGAAGCAGGUGUCACCAGAAACGUUGCGUAAGUAUCCAGUAUUGCCGCAUCUGGCGCGCCAAGCGUUGCACGACUACCCCGUGCCGGAUCAUCCCGAGUAUGUCUUACCAGCAGGGGUUUUGGCUACAAUACCCGUUAUUGGCAUACAUUAUGAUCCUGAAAUUUAUCCCGAUCCCGAGAAAUUCGAUCCAGAACGCUUCACGCCGGAAAACGUAAAGAUGCGUGAGCGGAUUGGGUGGCUACCAUUUGGCGAUGGGCCGCGCAAGUGCAUCGGCUUUCGAUUUGCGGAGAUUGAGAUGCGAACUGCAUUAGUGUAUCUGUUGAAGAAUUUUCGCUUUUCUGUGAGUGAACUGACGAAGAGUACUUCAAUCAAUUUGAGAGGGGAUACGUUCUUAAAGGUGGAGCGUAUUUAGUGUGCGAGUAUAAAAUUAGUGUAAUUUUAGUGUAGUUUAUAGUCUGUAAGUCAAGAUACUUAAUAACGUCAUUUAACGAAAAAGUAGUUCUAUAUUUUUCUUAAAAUAGGUUUUUUUACCGAA